UUCUAGUCUUUUCUCUUGUCCGCCAUCCUAUGUGCGUUUGGAUUUGCUCCUCGCCAUGUCUUCUCACAAGACUUUCAGUAUCAAGAGAUUCCUGGCCAAGAAACAAAAGCAGAAUUGUCCCAUUCCCCAGUGGCUUCGAAUGAAAACUAGUAAUAAAAUCAGGUACAACUCCAAGAGAAGACAUUGGAGAAGAACCAAGCUGGGUCUAUAA